UGUCUUGUAUAGUCUCCAUGGUUAACUUGACAGAUAUCGAUUUGUAUAUUUUAUAACCAAGAAAUAUUUAAUAACUAUUUUACAUUUUCCGCGAUUUUGGGAUUAUAUAAAAUUCUUUUUGAUUCGAUUUUCGCUCAUAUAUUUUCAGGAAAUAUAUGUAGUUAGUAAUACUUCAUUUAUAUGUGGCGAUUUGUAAUAAAACAUGGAAAAUUUAUUACUAGAUGAAGAUUUGAAAAAAGAAUUUGAAACCGAUUGGCAGCUGGAACUUUUUAAUAAUUCAGAUAACCCAGAUGUAUCGAAUAAUGAUAAAUUAGAUGAGCAGUGUUUACCAACAACUGAACAUUUAAAUAUUUUAUCCAGAUGUUUUGGGCAUAAGAAAUUUAGAUCCAUGCAAUGGAAGAUUAUACAUUCUAUAAUAAUCGAUAGGAGAGAUAAUUGUGCCAUUAUGGCUACUGGUUAUGGCAAAUCUCUAUGCUACCAAUUUCCUGCAGUUUAUAUGGGUGGUUUGGCUUUAGUCAUAUCACCCUUAAUUUCAUUAAUGGAAGAUCAGGUUUUAGCAAUGGAGGUUUCUAAUAUAUCUGCUUGUUUGCUUGGCUCUGCAAAUAAUAGACAAAAACAAACUAUUGAUGAAAUAUUCCAAAGUAAAUAUAGUUUAGUAUAUUUAACUCCUGAAUUUAGUACUGGCGAUUAUGGCAAAGAACUGCUGCGAAAAAUGUAUGCUGAGUUAGAUAUAUCAUUAGUAGCUGUUGACGAGGCACAUUGUGUAAGUAGUUGGGGUCAUGACUUUCGAUUUCAAUAUCGUCAUCUUGGUAUAUUAAAGGAUAUAAUGCCAAAUGUGCCAAUUCUUGCUGUGACGGCUACUGCAACACAAAGAGUUAGAGAUGAUAUUAUUAAAACACUUAAACUGUGGAACCCUCAGAUAACAAGUUCAGGUUUUGACAGACCUAAUUUGUAUUUAUCUGUACAUCUAAAAAGUUCCAAUAUUUUGGGUGACUUACGAAACGUCAUGGAGCGCCAAGAUGGAGAAUGGAAAUUUCGAGGGGCAACCAUAAUUUAUUGUAUAACAAGAAAACAAACAGAAGAAAUUAGUCUACUUCUUAAUGGUACUGGUGUUAAGUGUUUACCAUAUCAUGCUGGUUUAUCAAUUAAAGUUCGCAAAGAAACCCAUGAGAAAUUCGUUAAGGAUAAAGUUGACGUAAUUGUAGCUACGAUAGCAUUUGGGAUGGGUAUAGAUAAACCAGAUAUUAGGAAUGUUGUACAUUAUGGUGCUUCUAAUAGUGUUGAAGGAUAUUAUCAAGAGGUAGGAAGGGCUGGUCGAGAUGGACUGCCAGCUGUCUGCACUGCUUUUUAUUGCAAUAGAGAUUUUGAAACUCAUAGGUUUUUGAAUGAAAGAGGUAUUAGCAAUUCUGAUGGUAAAGCUAAGAGGGAUAAAAUGUUGGAUGAUAUAAGAGACUAUUUAAGUACUACGAAAUGUAGACGUCAGUUCAUCUUAUCUUAUUUUGAGGAUAAAAAAGUUAUCUCUAAUACUCGUUGUUGUGACAACUGCUCUGAAAAUCAAUUAGACAGUGCUACUUAUGAGGGCAUCGAUAAGAAUGGCAAAUAUAACUUUGCAGAAGAUGCAAACAUUUUUUUAAGAGCUGUUAAUGCGUUAAAGGGAAAAUUUGGAAUUAACAUGUAUGUAUUAUUUUUGAGGGGAUCGAAGAUGAACAAACUUACCAAUUAUAUUAAACUUCCUUUACAUGGUUCUGGAAAAGGUAAAAGUGAGGCUUGGUGGAAAGGAAUAGCCAUUCUUUUGGAGAAAGAAAAAUAUCUAAAGAAGGUUCAUAACACUUAUUCAUCAUCAACUUUUAGUUCUACAACUAUAUGUGUGAGUGAAAAAGGAGAACAAUUUUUAAGAGAUGAUAAGAAGUUACUACUGAGUCCAAUACCAGAAUUACUUCAGUGUUUGAAGACAAAAUCAAAUAUUUGGUUAUCAUCAUCAAGCCAACCACAACCUUUGACCGUUACAAAUGUUAAGGAAGAUAAAAAUAAAGAUUUGGUUAUGAAAUUAUAUCAGCUGUUAAUGAACCAGCGUUAUGAAUUAGCUGCUCUGCAAAAUUGCAUGCCCUAUACAAUUGCAUCUAACACAGCUUUGAUUGAAAUGGCAAAACAGAAACCCAUUACUAUAGAGCAAUUAAGGAAAUGCCAGUUGGAAGGAUUUACCGAAGCAAAAAUUAUUAAGUUUGGUAAACAGUUUAUAAAGACGGUUCGAUUAGCACUUAACAUAAGUGAUGAUCAAAGUGUUGAAAAAAUGUCUAUAGAGGAUAUCCUUAGACAGCAUCCCUUAAUUGAAAUUAAACAGAAUACAAGUGCACAUACAACCUAUUCUUUAUUUCAGUCUGGAAUGACAGUACAUGAAAUUUCGCAAAAAAGGGGUUUUUCUCCAAACACAAUUAUUUCACAUUUGAUAGAUGUUAUGAAACUAGGAUACCCAAUAAAACUGGCAGAAUUAGACGUAACUAAUGAAAUUAAAAACACCAUAGAAGAUGCAUUAAAGAAAGUUGACACAGGGUUAUCUUUACUAACACCAAUUAAAAAUGUCUGUCCACCAGAGAUAACGUACAACCAAAUAAAGGCAGUGGUAACUUAUUUACAAAUUCGGCAACAUCUAAAGAAUCUCAAUGUACCCUUUAUUGAAUUCGAGGACAUUGAUUCGAUGUUCGAUAUUCCUAUUCCAACUACUUCGAAAUGUGAACCUGGCGCAUCUAAUGCUCACAUGGAUAUUAAUAAAUUGUCGCAACUGACUAAUACUCAAAAUUUAAUAGAACUUCCAACUAUGUCUAAAUAUGAGCCUGCCACAUCUGAAGCCAACAAGGAUAUUAAAAGUCUAUCACAACCAGGUCCUACACAAAAUCUAAAAAGACUUAUAGAAACUUUUGAUGAGCUGGAAAGCAUUCCAACUGUUGAAUUAAAGGGGGAAGAAGAGAAUUCAAACUUUUCUGACGGAUUUAAUGAUGCGAUGCUUGCGGCAGUCUGUGAUGAAUUAGAAACUAGUCUUAGUGAACAAAAAAAUUUAAAUACAGAUAAGAAUUCUCGUGAACAAACAUUCAACGGAAAAACUGAAGAAGCAUCUGGAUUUGAUUUUUCAAUUUUGGAUUCUCCUCCGAGACAAAUAAAAUCACAAGAGAAGCGUAAAAUUGAAGAAAAGGAGACAAAGCAUUCUGAACAUAACAAAAAAAUGAAAUUACCGCCUUGGCUUCUGUCACAAAAGAUAGCCUGAAAUUUGUAUUUAUAUAAUUUCACAAAAACUUAACUUGAUCUUUUUAAAAUGAAUCUCUUGUAAUUCUGUGUGUGUUCAUUUAAAUUCAGAUAAAUUAUAAUUAUUCUUUAAUAACUGUGAGGUAAUGUAAAAACAUAGAAAGUAAAUUAAGUUGUUUUUAUAUUAUUCUAUAUCAUGUUUAUACUUUUUUAUAGCUUUGUUGUAGUGACCUCAUUUCUAUUUUUAAGAUAAGUAUGAAUAUAUCUCGAAAUAAUAAAAAAGCAUAUUGAU